AUGGCAACGCUGCCCUCACUACCCACUGCCUUGCCGCAUCUGGCAGCGUACCAGACUAGAUGGAUCCAAGAUUUGCUUCAUCAUCAUCUCUAUCUUGAUGCAGUGUUCUUGGCCGAGCGGCUACCCGGCUUUCCAGACGUGGAAGAUGGUACAGUACUAGAGGUCUGGGCGGAAGCCCUACUAUCUGCCGGAGAGUACUCUCGCAUCCGAUGGCAGCUCCAGGGACUUAAGGACAGAUCGCUUUCCCCUCGCGUGCACUACUUGCUCGCUCUUGCUUGCAUCAGGCUAGAGCGAUAUGGCGAGGCAGAGGUUGCUUUAUUGUCAGGGAACCUGGAUCUUGUGGAAUCGUGGCGAAAUGGACAUGUUCAGCCUCUGGAACACGUGGUUGAAGGUGCCGCAGGUACGUACCAGUUGGGUCGGGUGGCAGAAGAAAUGGGUAGAAAGAAGCAAGCCUUGGAAUGCUACGCCAGCUGCUUAAAGAAAUGUCCAUACAUGUGGUGCGCCUUCGAGCGGUUUAGCUGGCUGUCACUGUGCCAGAGGGACAAUCACAGGGGACAUUCCAAGAACUUUGAGGAUCCAAGUCAUCCAAGUCUGCCGACUACGGCUCGAAUAACUCUGUCACGUGAUCCACGCAGUGUUGGAGACCCAAGCACGGAUGUCGUUAUCCAGGGAUGGAUACCACACACUCCACGGAAGAGACGGCGGAGUAGGAGCUCCAAAAAGCGCCAACAGCAGAGCAAGGCUCCUGCAUCCGCGGCCUCCCCUUCAGUGUGCUCCGUUCUCUCGCCAAGAAAGUCUGGCGAGCAAAGCUCCGCAGAGCAAAGCUCCGCCAGAGUGGAGCUCUCCCCUGCAUCGACUCAUCCCGAGGCGCCGGCGCCUGCCAAGCUUGUGCUGCCGAUCGUCUUCGAGGAGUCUCUUUCCACAAGCAAUGGGGAGCAAGCGGAGGUCAGAACACCUGAGAAGGAGACAGCCCAGUCAGAGGAGAUGGUCACCGUGCUCCAAGGAGUUGCAGAGGCGCUGCAUGCCAUGCAGGGUUUCCAUUGCCAAGAUGCUCUUGACAUUCUCAGCAAGCUGCCGAUGCAAGAGCAAGAGUCAGCUGUCUGCCAGGAUCUAGCUGCUCGCUGUAAUUUCGAACUCCAGAACUACAAGGAUGCAGCGCGUAUUUACAAGCAGUGCUUCGCCCGACACAAAUUCCACUCAUCAUUGGGGGUGGAGUACUACUCGACUGCGCUGUGGCAUCUGGGGGACCGUUUGGAACUGGGCCUCCUGGCACGACAAGUCCUGGAGUCGAGUCGGCAACAGCCACAGGCGUGGUGUGUUGUGGGCAACAGCCUCAGCCUCGAGAAAGAGCACGAAAAGGCCAUUAGAUGCUUUCAAAGGGCGAUCCAGUUGAAUCCGAAGCAAGCGUAUGCCCGCACCUUGCUCGGCCAUGAGCUUCUAGCUCUGGAGAAGCAUGACAAGGCUGUGCAGCAAUACCGCAGUGCUCUCAACGUGGAUGUACGGCAAUACGGCGCAUGGUGGGGCCUGGGCAAGGUGUGCCAGUUCCAGGAGGAUCUCGUGCAGGCCAAGUACAACUUCCUGCGAGCAGUCGAGAUCAACGGUUCCAACCAGGUGUUGCGAACUUCCCUUGGCAUGGUGCUGCAGGCUUUGGGCGAGCCGCUGCAGGCCCUGCAGCUCUUCAAUCGAGCAGCUGAAAGCAGCCACUGCAGAGCUUUGGCAUUUUUCCAAAAGGCCUGCGUCCUGUCCUCGCAGGAAGAGCACGGGAAGGCAGCUUGUGAGCUUGCGAAAGCCAGGUGUUUGGCGCCUCGUGAGCCCUGCAUCCAUGUGCAACUGGGAAGAGCGCACGUAGGUCUUGGAAACACGCAGGAGGCCCUGCAGCACUUCACAAAUGCGAUGGACUUCUGCGCCACAUCUGGAGACCAUCAGCUCAGUGCGGCAGCUGAGGAAGAGCUGCGCAAAGCGAUGCCCAGUGAAGCGAGAUCAGGAAGUUCAUCAGCAGCUUUAAUUGCAGGCUCGUUGUUUGAACGACAUGUGACAUCCUUGUGUUCGAUCUUCGGUUUCCGACUUGGGGGAACAAAAGCGCGAGAUCCCUGCAGCUCAUCUCAGACACAACUUCACAAGGGCUCGAUUGUCAAGGCCGUUAAUGAGGGCGCAGGUGCCCCGGUGCUCACCCUCCCCGAUCUGGGGAAUCUGUUCGGAUCUUUUCUCUGA